AUGCCGUCAGAUCUGGAGGCUCUCACGGAGAUGGGCUUUGACAAGGCCCGGGCCGAAAUUGCAGUCAAAAAGAGCGGUGGCCUCCAGGGAGCGCUGCAAUGGCUAGAGGACAACCAGGACAAGUCCCUGGACGAAAUCAGAGCCGAGGAGGCCGGCAAAGCGGGCGAGGACGGCGAGGACGGCGAGGACGAUGCCGAGACCAAGGCCGAGAUUGCAGAGCUUGAGACGGGCCAAGCUCGCUCGCUCAUUUGCAACGAGUGUGGCAAGAAGUUCCGCAACCACGACCUUGCCACGUUCCACGCUACCAAGACAGAGCACACGGAUUUUUCAGAGUCAACCGAGGAGCUCGCCCCUUUGACAGAGGAGGAGAAAAAGGCCAAGCUCGAGCAACUCCGUGAACGUCUCAAGGCUAAACGUGCCGCUCAGUCCGUCCAGGACAAGGAAGAUGCCAAGCGCAAUGAGAGAAUCCGGCAAAAGUCUACCAAGGAGAGCCAGGAUCUGAAAGAAGAGCUCGCGCGCAAGGAGCAGAUCAAAGAGGCGGCCCGCAAGCGCCAGGAGAAGCAAGACGACAUCGAGGCCAAGAAGCGCAUCAAGGCCAGGAUUGAAGCCGACAAGGCCGAGCGACAGCGCAAGGCUGAAGAAGCCAGGGCCGCAAGAGAAGGAAGGGCUCCCGACGCCGCUGCCAGUGCUCCCGCCGCAGCGCCGCCAAAGCCAAAGCCCGACCACAACACGGCCAGACUGAGAUUGCAGACGCCCAGUGGCAACCUGAUGAAGACGCUGCCGGCGGAGACGACUCUCUUCGAGUUGGCCCAGAUGGUGCAGGGCGAGACGGGGCUGGCCGUGACGAGCUUCUCUACCACCUUUCCGAGGCACACGUUUACCGGAGAUUUGGACAUGUCCAAAACGUUGAAGGAGGCCGGCUUUGUGCCGUCCUCAGUCCUGAUUGUGCAGUGA